UGAGUUUCAGGAUCGCCCAGCUCUCGCUUGCCAGUGCUGGCUCCUACCGGUCCUUGACCCGGACCCGCGGAGUACUCUUUGAUCCUCCCCUCCGCGUCGCCAGCGGAAACUGGGUCUGAACGCGGACUUCCACCCCAGCCUCGUACUCUGACCCCGUAGUUGUCACCUCGUCCCGCUCCCGCGGCCAGAAUUAAAGUCCUCGACUUCGAGAACUUUGCGAACGAGGCGGCGCGAGAACUCCAGCAGCAGUACACGUGGCCGGUAAGGGGCGCGAGCGCCCUCCACUUCGGGCUCGGGGUCCCGUGGCCUCGCGCCCACCCCCGACCCGAAAGUCUCGCCUCCGGACCAGCGGCCAGUGCUCCAGAGAGCUCAGGACUCCGCGUGGACGCGCUGGGAGGGACCGCCCCGCUACAGUCUCCCACCCAGUCAGCCCCACUCAGAAAGUCUCAAUUUAACCCCUUCGCUUGUGAGUCAUGCCAGCUCCCAUGAAGGGCCAAGUGUGCGUGGUUACUGGUGCUUCCAGGGGUAUUGGCCGGGGCAUCGCUUUGCAGCUCUGCCAAGCAGGUGCCACAGUUUACAUCACUGGCCGCAAUCUGGACACACUGCAGGCCACUGCUCAGGAGGCACAAUCCCGAGGGGGCCGGUGUGUGCCCGUGGUGUGUGAUUCAAGCCAGGAGAGUGAAGUGCGAAGCCUGUUUGAGCAGGUGGAUCAAGAACAGCAGGGGCGUCUGGAUGUGCUGGUCAACAACGCCUAUGCUGGGGUCCAGGCGAUCCUGAACAACACUAAAAAGGCAUUCUGGGAAAGCCCCGCCUCCAUCUGGGAUGAUAUCAACAACGUCGGACUCAGAGGCCACUACUUAUGCUCUGUGUAUGGGGCACGGCUGAUGGUACCAGCUGGCCGGGGGCUCAUCGUGGUCAUCUCCUCCAUUGGUGGGCUGCAGUAUUUCUUCAACGUCCCUUAUGGCGUGGGCAAAGCUGCGUGCGACAGGCUGGCUGCUGACUGUGCCCAGGAGCUGCGGCGCCACGGGGUCAGCUACGUGUCGCUUUGGCCAGGGUUGGUGCAGACAGAACUGCUGAAGGAGCACGUGAUGAAGGAGGAGAACACUGCCGAUCCCCUUGUUGAGCAGUUCAAAUUUCGUUUCUCAUCUGCGGAGACCACAGAAAUGAGUGGCAAAUGUGUGGUGGCCUUGGCAACAGACCCCCAUAUCCUGAGCCUAAGCGGGAAGGUGCUGCCGUCCUGUGACCUGGCACGGCGCUACGGCCUGCAGGACGUUGAUGGCCGCCCCGUCCAGGACUAUUUGUCUUUGAGCUCCGCUCUCUCCCAUGUCUCCAGCCUGGGCUGGCUGGCCUCCUACUUGCCUGGCUUCCUCCGAGUGCCCAAGUGGGUUAUGACCCUCUAUGCUAGCAAGUUCUAACCCUCCUGGCCUGACACAGUUCUGCUCCCCUUUGGGCUGAGUGGUUGGCCUAUCGCAGUGGAACAAGGCCGCCUUUCCCGCCCACCUGCUGCAUACCCUUGAUCUGAAGAGACGGCCUCUGCCGUGUGCCCUGGUUGAGCCCUAGGGACCUUUAUAGGUCCUUCUUCAGGUCUUCCUUGCCCCUGCGUUUUACUUUUUGCCUUAAUAUUGAAAAAUGUUUUGGGGGCUAAUAAAGGUCUCGUUUCUCCUUCAA